AAAAAAAAAAAAUGCAGGAACUUCCUUUUACGCAAACAAAUAAAAAAAAAAAAAGUCAGUCCGAUAACGAGACAAGAACAGUCCCAGAAAAAAGAAGGCUUGAUUGCUGGAUCCUGCUUGGUGCUGAAACGCGGAAUUCCAAAAUUUGGCGAACGAUGGUUGGUUCACUGCUUUUUUGCAAUCCAAUAAUUUUUUUCGACCGCUUGCCCAAUGCAAGGCCAUCACACUCGAGAGAGGGGGGAAUUGCUUUGAAAAAAAAAAAAAGUGGGAAUGCUUCCCAAAUUGGCCAAGACUGUUAUGGAAACCGCAAGUAAAACAACCAUCAGUCAAGUCACUGCAAACACAGUGAAGCUGAGGAGUCCCAGUCCACAGUAUAUGGCUAUUGCUCAACAGCCAUCCACAGAGCUCGAUGAACCAGCCAGGCAACUGUUGAUCCUUGAUCUCAAUGGCACAUUGGUCUCUCGAACCAAACAAUCGUCCAUGUAUGUCCGCCCUUAUCAAGCUCAAUUUCUGCAAUACAUCUUUUCCAACUUUGACGUCGCCGUCUGGAGUACUGCUCGACCGGAAAACGUCGCCAAUAUGUGUCGUCUGUUUGGUGAAUUCAAGGACCAGAUCGUCAUGAUAUGGAAUCGUACCCAUUUCGGAUUAACACAAGCAGAAUACUAUGGCAAGACGAAAACGGUGAAAGAUUUGGAACGGGUCUGGGAUUACUUUGACGAUGAAUACAAUGCUUAUAAUACCAUCCUCUUGGACGAUACACCCUCCAAAGCCGUCGUCCAACCUUACAACAGCAUUCAUUUACGGGAAUUCGAUCAUCUGUUACCAACGUUUUCUCAGUACGGUGACAACGAGUUGCUCCACGUCAUGGAAUAUCUGGACAAGUUAAAAUACCAGAGCAACGUGUGUAGUUUCAUGCGCCAGUCUCCUUUUAUUAGUCCUGAUCUGAAAUUCUCGCACACCGACAGCUUUGUUUGCAAUCACUAUCUCUUUAAAUCGAUGCGACGAGAGCCCAUGGUGAUUGACUUUGGGCAGCAGUGGGAGAGACAAGAAAAGAAGAAAAGCCACGAAAGCGCAAUACAACGUUAAUAAGGAGAGUCACGACUCUUUUGUUUUGGGGAUGCCGGCUAUCCUAUCCUACAGCACCACCACCCAUCGCAUGCAUAACCAUCUCUAUUUUAUCUCUCUAUUUGUUUCUUUCUUUAUGCAUACAAGCACGUUUUCAUCACCUUGUAAAAUAACAUACAUUUGCAAGGUAAAAAAAAAAAAACCUAAUCUUUGCACCAUACACUUUUUGGUUUUUUAUAUCUCAUUGACAACAAAAACAGAGGAUGGCUUUUUAAAGAGCGUUUCAUGCAUUUUUCUUGUGCAAAAGCAUGAUUUGGAUCCAUGUCUUUAUUAUAAGUCCUGUCUUCCAGAAACCAUGAGCGAUCUCGAGAAAAAAAAAUAGUCAUGAUGUCUCCUGAUCGCAUCGAUGGGAUCCUCUGUUUAUUUAUAUAUCCGGGGCAUCCAGGAGAAGCAGGAUCCCUCUAGUCUAUUUCU